CCCGCAAAAAAAUUAUCAAGAUCAAGAUUUGUUGAAAAGCCAAUUUGUAGUUGGUUUUGUGCAAAAAGGUGGAGUGUUGCACGCUGAUAUCUUAAGAUGUGAGAAUGCGAAGCGAAAAUGCUAAUGCGAAGCGAAAAUCUACGGCUACGGAACUCAUUCGAAUGGCCAAUGUAUUGAGGAGCAAUUUAAGGUGCGUAAGAUACUUUUGUCUCGUUGCAAAUCAUGAAUAUGGGGCUCAAUUUCUCAAACAUGCGCAGGCGUGGAUGCUUAUACGGGAUAAUAUUCGUGCUUAUACCGUGUACCAUUCUGAUCGUCGUUAUCGGUACUGACUACUCGUCGGAACAAUCCAUGUCCCAACGUAUGGCAGAGUUUCAAAUGCGGAUGCAAUAUCUGGAAUCAAUGUAUCGUACAAAACAGGAAGACGUUGCAAUCUUAUCACAAUACCUUCGAUUUGUGUCCUUGCAUGCUGUUGGAAGCGCGAUGGAGUCGACCAGAUCUACGUUUGGAACAAAUGUAUCAUCCCCAGUGAAUUUAGAUAUACUUGAAGGGUUAAGUGCCGAUUCUAAAUCGCUCAUUCGUAAUGUUACGACUGCGGCACGACUUGUGGAAAGUUUGAAAAUGCCUACGGCCUUUCAUUUUCUACCGCACCUUCUGGAUGACUCUGCAUCGCUGCAACCAAGCUACAUUGAAAGCAAGAAACGACAAGGUGUCAGCAUGGUUCUCGCUAUUCCGACAGUGAAACGUGACAAACAAUCGUAUAUCGUUGAAACAAUAGAUAAUCUCAUUUCAAACAUGGACGAAGAGGAGCAGAAUGAUACCAUGAUUGUUGUUUACGUUGGCGAGCCCGACCUCGCAUAUGUAAAAGGAGUAGCCCAGCGAAUACGUGUUCGGUUUGGUAGUUUCAUAGACAGUGGAUUUCUGGAAAUUAUUGCUCCCUCUAUUUCUUAUUACCCUAACAUGAAUAAUCUUCGACAAACGUUGAAUGAUUCUUUGGAACGAGUUCGAUGGCGUUCGAAACAAAAUCUCGAUUUUGCUUUUCUCAUGGCUUACGCACGCCCAAAAGGUGCCUUUUACUUACAACUGGAAGAUGACAUACUUACCAAGAAAGGCUUCGUUACCAUUAUGAAAAAUUUUGCCUUAGAAAAAACGGCCAAAAAGGACAGCAGCUCGUGGUUUGUUCUGGACUUUUGUCAACUAGGUUUCAUAGGAAAAAUGUUCAAAUCAUCCGACCUACCUUGGUUAAUCACAUUCUUCCAAAUGUUUUAUAACGACAAACCCGUUGACUGGCUUUUAUAUCAUAUGAUAUAUACCAAAGUAUGUAGCGUAGAAAAAGAUGCGAAAAACUGCAAACAGGAAAUGGCAAAGCUGUGGAUACAUUAUAAACCUUCCCUGUUCCAGCAUAUAGGGAUGCAAUCAUCGCUUCGAGGCAAAGUGCAAAAGUUGAAGGAUAAACAGUUUGGUAAAAUUCCUAACUUUUAUCCGCAUCGUAACCCACCGGCUGUGGUGCGCAGUGGCAUACAACCUUACAAAUCGUACACUUUGCAAAAAGCUUAUAAGGGAGAUAGUUUCUUUUGGGGAUUAAUGCCACAACCAGGAGAUUUGAUCGAGUUUCUUUUCAAACAGCCAACUACGGUGCGCAGGUAUCUUUUCCGAAGCGGAAAUCUCGAACAACCGUCGGAUCGAUUUUACAACACCACUGUUGAAGUACUGCCGGUUGAUGUGGAUGGUUUAACAGGCAGUUCAACAGUACCGUACAAUGUAACAAAAGAUGGGUUUCUAGUUGUUGGAAGGUUCAAUAACUAUGGAAUAGCUGAAGGCACAAUCGAUUCCAAUAUCGGAAAAAUAAAGGAACUCCGACUGCACGUCUAUAGUGACAGUCAAAAUUGGGUGAUACUUAGAGAGAUUUAUUUGCAGAGUAACAGCGUACGGUGACAAAAACAUAUCCGCAUGUUGGGUUCUUUGCGAGUUAGCAACGGAAAAGCAAGCAGUGUUGUGAGGCCUUCAUUUGGUGUACAUGGUGGUCACAUCAGCGGUGCUACGAAGGUGCCUACACUGAAUGAAAACAGCAUAAUAACGUCUCGCCGCGUGUUUUCUCAAAACGGUACAAAAUCGUCCUUUAGUUCAUACUCUAGAAAGGUCGAUUAAACGCUACGACAAACGGCUGGAAUAUAAGGAGAGUUGGUUUGAAUGUUGUUAAAAAGCAGAUUCAGCACAUUCCUUACCAAUCUUUCAAUUGAUUAGUUCAUUAUCUGCUCUAUGCCAUGCUCGGGGCAGUAUAUUAUGUCGAGCGUAUUUAUUAUCCAACAUAACCUUAUCCACGGAAAUGGGUAGUUUUUAUGUGAUAUAAAUGCGUUUAUUGUACGCAACAUGACAGUCGCCCGUUUUGCAGAUCAAAUUAAACAACUUUAUGAAUCGCUGUUUCAUUACUCGUAAAAAUAUAUGUUAUUUGUUAAUAUAUGUGUAAAAGCGCAUGAAGCACAUAAAGCGCGUAAAAACUGCAUAAGGGGACAAAUCAAACCACAAGGGAUUAUUUACUUCUAAUGAAUCUAAUGAAACAUAUUUAAUAUUCAUUGUUACGAUUUUUUAUUUAGAUCCGUCCUAACAAGCUCUCGCUUUAGCCUUAUUUAUAGUUGAAAUCAAAUGUUAUAAUUUCGCAAAUAAUGUUGACGUGAUGCUCUCUGCAUAUGACCACUAAAAGCUAAGUGCAUGUGGUCGUGCCAUGUAUGUAUAGAGUCGAGCAUGCAUCUUUUAAAAACGCUGAAAUUUUUUUAUUUGUUUCUUGAUUUAACUGAACUAACGGUAAAAGUGGUUGCAAAGAACACCAAUUUAAGAAUCAGUUUAGAUUUCUGUGAAGUGUUUCUUUUUUCACGAAUGUGUCUUGGAGUCAGUAAAUGGAAAGCAUCGCGCGCAGACCGUAAGUGCGCGGAUUACGGUCGUUACGUGUUACAGCAGCCCAAAAGCGGCCUUAUGAAGGUGCAAAAUUUCCAUUAACACACGUACGUGAAAUCGAUCGUUCGGCAAGUUCACAUACUACACACUAACGAAUGAUGACUUAUGUAUCUCAGAAACCUUUUGGUCACUCUUUGGGUCUAUCGAGUCUAAUAUUUUUUGAUAAGGUGUCAGACCAUUUCUAAUAAUAGUCAUGGAUUUUAUUGUUUCCUGGUCCAAGCUUUCCUAACACAUUAUAAGUUCACAUUGGAUUUAUGGAGGGCAUGAAGAAUAACCACUUGUGUGUUUAACGGCCAAAUUUAAACCGAUCAAUCUAACAAGUUUGGCUUCGAAUCAUUUUCCCAUUUUUUUUGGCAGAAAAAUCAGUGUGAAAUUUGUUUAAAUUUUUGGUUUUUUAAUUUUCUCUACCGCAAACGGUUUUUAAUAUCCUGUGCGGCUUAGCCAUUCCAUAGGAUUGGGUGGUAGCCCUUCUUCUUAAAGUCCAAAUUUGUUAUUAAAAGCAGUAUUUAGUAUUUUGUCCUGCUGAGUAUUAAGUAUCAAAAGCAAUACACACGAUUCACAAAUUAUUAGAUUUAUUAUAUUUUUGCCAUAAUAAUAAGUUAGAAAUAAAAUCAGUUAGUUGUUGAUUGCUUGGUA